AUGGUGGAUGAGGUGACCGUCGCGCGUUUCUCCCUCUCAUCGCUCUCGAUUCGAGUGCUCGUCAAAGCGUUGCUCCAUUUGUGGAUCGCGGGCACGCUCGCGUUUUUUGCGCCGUUUCUUUUCAGAUGGUGUUCUCUUCCAAACUCUCUCGGUGAUCAUCUUCCACUUGACAUUCAUUUCACGACUUGCACUGAUGAGCUACAUGGCGUUUGUUCUUUUCCCCUAGCUGUGCAUCGAUAUGAGCCGGAAUCUCUCUUCUCUGACGGGAUCAACUACGAGAUUUGGCUUACUUUGGUGCUUCAGGAUGUGCGAAAAUUGGAAAAUGCUGGGGUUUUUCAGAUUGUCGUCAAUUUUUUUGCAGAAGAUGGAAAAAAGCUUAGCGAAUAUGCGAAAAUCAUUUACCCGAGGAAAGCCGAUGGAUUUUUGAUGAAAGCGUUAAAGCUUGUCUUUUUCCCGCUCUAUUUGCUCGGUUUCUUUGGCGAUGCCGCGCAUUACGAUGUGCCGAUCACGAUAAGUCAUGUUGAGCUGGGUGAACCGUCUGCUGAGGUGCGUGUGCAAUUUCAAAGCAAAUACGUGCUAGUCGAAAAUGGUUUGAUGUUAAUUCGUGCGAAUUUCGGUCUCAUCCGUCAUUUCCUUGCCUCGUGGCCGCUCACUUCAUCGAUUCUCAUCUCAACCUCGGCUUUUUUCAUUUAUUUUACGACUCUCAUCGCUUAUUUGGGUUUGCAAAAAACGCUUUCAACGAUGAGA